GGGGGGUUUGCAUACUGUAAGUGCUGCAGUUAGAAGGUGGCGCAGUGCCGGCCGUGCGGAUGCGUUGUGUCGGCUCGCGUUUGCGCGUCCCGGCUGCCCCGGUCGAGGAGUGACGGAACGCGAUGCCCUGCUGCGGCCCGUCGAGGGAGUCCGAGGCGGACGCCGCGGCCAGGGCCUUGGGGGUGGACGCGACGAACGAGGCGGGCCCGCUCGCCGGCGCGGGCAGCCGCUGCACCGACGCGCUGUGCCUACUUUGUAUAAUCGCGUGCUGGCUCGGGCUGACGAUCCUCGGCCUCGUCGUCACGGGCGUCCCCGGCUUUGCCGUUGAUACGCUGCCGGCGGGCGAUCCGCGGCGCCUCCUCUUCGGCGUGGACGACCUGGGCGACGUCUGCUCCGUCGAGGAGCACACCACGUACCACGCGGACGGCUCGUACAAGACCUACGACGUGAGCGCCCUCCGGAAGAGCUACUACCUGCCGAGCGGGGCCGUGGUCUGCGUGCGGGCGUGUCCCUCCGAGGACGACGCGCGGCGGUUCGUGUGCGACUACGACGCCGCCGCCGCGCUCGACAAACACCUCGCGCGGGGCGACACGCACGAGUACUGGUCCGCCGGCCUCGCCUACGUGCUCGAGGCGCGGUGCAACUUCGUGUGGGCGACGACCGAGAUCUUGAGUUAUUGCGCGUUCGACGCCGCGCCCGACAUCGGGGGGGCGCUCGCGGCGUCGGAACCGAUGGACGCGCCCACGCCGCGCCCGACGCUGCAACGUGGCCCCUCCACCUCGCAGCCCUCGCCGCGCCCCACGCCCGCGCCCACGACGCCGAAGCCGACGGCCGUCUACACGCCCGCGCCGACUUUUAAUGCGUCCUUGCCGUGCACGCAAGCGCUGGACCGCGCCUACUGCGAUUCGCUGGUCGGGAAAAACGGCUCCCGGGCCUACUGCUACGACUGGUUCUGCCCCACGUGCGCCUUGCCCGGCGCCUGCGACUUCGCCUGCGGCUUCUGCGAGAGCCGGGCGCCCACGCCGCUGCCCCAAGUGCCCCAGCGGGACGGCGCGUCCGCCGCCGUCUACGAGGAGAUCGCCGCGGACGUCUUCGCGACGCGCGACUGGAUUCUGCUGUUCGGCUUUUUGGUCGCGGCCGCGUUCGGCUUCGCUUACCUGGUGGUGCUGCAGAUCCCGUUCCUCCUGUUCGCGAUGGUGUGGGUCCUGCUGGCAUCCGUUCUGAUCAUUCUGGUCGCCGCGGCCGCGCUCGCCGCGGCUACGGCCCGGGACUGGGCGGCCGAGGACCCGCCGGCGCACUCCGAGCGGGAGCUGCAGGUGAUGAGGGCGCUCGCGGCCGUCCUCGUCGUCGCGAGCGUCCUCUACGCGUGUCUAUUGGUCGCGCUCCGCAAGCGCAUCACCCUCGCGAUCGGCAUCCUCAAGGAGGCCGCCCGCGCGCUCACGACGAUGCCCGCGCUCGCGCUCCUCCCGGUCGUCCAGUGCGCCGGCCUCGCCCGCCCCGGCGCCGAGGUCUCGGCGCGUCGCGUGAUCGGCCGACGUCCGCGCAGGUCCUCUUCUUCACGGUCUGGAUCAUCUACGCCGCCUACCUGGCCUCCGCGGGCGAGCUCAAGACGAGCUACGUCGAAUAUAACGGCGCGCAGAUCUCCUACAAGGAAUUCGAAUACUCGAGGGACCAGCGGUGGGCCGCCCUCUACCUCGUGUUCGGCUGGUUCUGGACGAGCGAGUUCAUCUUCGCGCUGGGGCAGCUCGUCGUGGCGGGCGCGGUCGUCCAGUGGUAUUUCACGCGAGACAAGGCAACGGCGGCGCUCGUGACGCCGCAGGCGGUCCUCCGCUUGUUGGUGCGCAUCGCGGGGCGCCACGCGGGCACGGCCGCCUUCGGCGCGUUGGUGAUAGCGGUCUGCAAGACGCUGCAGGUCGUCGUCCAAUACAUAAAAAGGUGCACGCCCGCCAAGGAAAACAAGCUCGCCAAGAUCGUGUUGGAUUGCAUCACCUACUGCCUCGUGGCGGUCGAGAAGUGCGUCCGCUUCCUGAACAAGCACGCCUACAUCCAGACAGUGCUGCACGGCGUCGGCUUCUGCACGGCCGGCUUCCGCGCCUUUGCGCUCAUCAUGGCGAACGGCGGGCGCGUGACCGCGGUCGCGUGCGUCGCCAAGCUCGUCCUCUUCUUCGGCAAGCUUUCCGUCGCUUUGGCGACGACGUUUUGCUUUUACGUGUCCGUGUUGAUGGAUAUGCAGGACAAGCUGCACGGGGUGAUCGCCCCGUCGCUCGUGUGCCUCGCGGUGAGCUAUUUCACCGCGGACGCCUUCAAUAAUGUUUUCGAGAUGUGCAUCUGGACUAUACUCCAGUGUUUCGUCGUCGACGAGACGCAGUUCUCUUCCAACCCGUUCGCGUCCGGCGCGCUGUCUGGUUGCAUUAAGAAGACGGCCGCGGCGAAACCGGGCGGAGGGUGUUGCGGACGACCAAAGAAAGGAGAGGGGCCGCUCUGGGACAAGUUUUGCGGGUUCGACGCCGACGGGUCCGGCGUCCUCGACGCGGCAGAGCUGCGGGCGCUGUUGAGGAAGUGCACCGGCGCCGAGCCCUCGGAAAAAGAGGUGGCCAAGAUGAUGGCGUCGGUGGACGAGAAUUCGGACGGCGUCGUCGACUUCGCCGAGUUCAGCGAGAUCCACCGGAAGGCGUUGGACGGCUCGCUCGAGUUCCGGGCCCUGGCGGACGCGAUGACGUCGUUCGACGCGCUCACGGCCCAGAUGGACGACGACGACGACUCGGACGCGGCGCCGGACGCCGGGGCGGGCUAGGGUCCUAAAUUUUCAAGUUCUA